UGUAAAAUUCAAUAUGGCGGAGGACAAUAGCAUAAGCCUUGUGGUCGUCAUUUUCGAUGCAAAUCCAGUGUGGUGGGGUAGAAUUGCUGCAGAGGGCACAAAAAAUCAGAUCAAUCUAUCUGGAUGUAUUGACAGUCUAUUGGUCAUGUGCAAUUCACAUUUAAUGAUGAAGCACACAAAUUCCCUUGCAUUCAUUGCAUCUCAUACAAGUAGAAGUAAAUUUUUGUUUCCAAAAGAAUCAAAGGCAGACGACAACAUUGGAGAGCAAGAAAACUCUUUUCCUUCUGAUAGUAAAUGUGAGAAGUUUGCAGCUAUGAAUGAUAUGAUUGUUGAAGAAAUAAAAGAAUUGAUUGCUGAUGUGAAUUUACCAGAGGAUUCUAAUAAUCCAGCAUCUGCUCUGCCCAGUGCUCUUUGUAUGGCUUUGUGCUACAUUCAUAGAAUGGAAAAAGAAUGCCCAGUUGGCUUCAAGUUAAAACCAAGAAUACUGAUUGUUAAAGCAUCACCAGAUGAAGCUGAUCAGUAUUUGACAACAAUGAACUGCAUCUUUGCUGCACAGAAAAAUAAUGUAAUCAUUGACUCUUGUUCACUACACCAAAGUUCUGGGUUCCUACAGCAGGCAGCUGAUGUAACUGGUGGUGUUUAUUUAAAGAUAGAUGAAACACUCUCACUAUUGCAACAUUUAUUGUGGCUUUACUUGCCUGGUCAUCAUACAAGGGACAUGCUAGUCCUUCCUUCUUCUCAAGACAUAGACUAUCGUGCAGCCUGUUUCUGCCACCGUAAACUUGUUGACAUUGGAUUUGUGUGCUCAGUUUGUUUAUCAAUAUACUGCCAUUUCCGUCCACGAUGUAUGACUUGUCAGACUCUUUUCAAACUACCAUCACUCCCCUUAUCAAGACAAAAGAAGAAGAAAAAAUGAAUAUUUUACAUUAGGAAAUUGUCUUUAUUACAUUAUUUGUACAUGUGCUUAGUAGUAUAAAGAUAUAUUUGAUUGUCUCAAA